ACUAAUGCAUGCAAAGAUUGCAGUUACAUUAACAAACAAAGAGUAGGCCUCAGUAAGCACAAAUAGCAAAUAAGAACGAGUACAAAGCUGCUCUCUGUAGCGUUACCUUGCAUGCGGUACAGUCAAGGUAGCAAGGCUCACAAAAGCACUGUAAAUGGAGUGGGCCAUUUCUAAACUGUGUUUUUGUGUCACUCACGUGACUGACUUUAGGUCUAAAAAGAAUGAUGUCCUGGAAGCAGCGAGGGCAGACAUUAAGUGCCUUCAAGCAAUGAUGUCAGCAGGCCAAUCCCCACCCAGCACUGACAUCACAUCAUUCAGACGCUAUUGCCAGGCCAUGCUGAUCCUGCGGCAUCGUCUGCCUGCCAAUGCCAUGGCAGAGUUUCAGGUGCACGAAUGGCUUGAACGCAAACUGGUUGGUGAAGGUGCCAUCAUACAGUUUGCUGGUCCUGGAGCAGCAGGUCGUGCUGUCACUCUCAGCAAAGGAGAGGAAAGUAUGCUCGACUGCUACUUUUCCCACGCAAGGUCACUCUCCCUACAGAACCAGGCACCUGGCAAAUCGGACCAAGGCAGGUUCUUCCUGGGCACCGACGGGGCUCCUGUGACCAACCUCGGGUCACAUUUGAUUCGGCAGAGGGAAAAGUACUCGCCACAGGAACCUAGGGAGAUGGCGGCAGCUGCACCAGCACCCUUUCCGGGGAGACACUUGCCGGCAGCCUGCGCAUCUGUGUCAGACUCAUUGCAAGGGCAGCCGCCGGCCAGCAGUGCAAUACCACCGAUGCAGGCAGGCUCCAUAGUUAGGCACUGGGACGCCUUUCGUAGCGCGUUUCCAGUCACCGUGCACGCUGAGCUGCCGUCACGUGGCGUGUGUGGAGGCAGGCUUCAAACAGCACAGGGCCUACUACGUCAAGUGGCGCAAGGCUCAGCUCCGGCUGCGGGAGGUGUACAUUCUGGAACAUGCCAUGGGUAGGAAACGGGACAAGCCUAGGCUGGCCACAGUGCAGAGGCUGCUAGCUAGGGAGACAUGGGGAAGCAACAGGCCGACCACCGAGGAUUUUAUGAAGGCGUGGAUGCCACCCCAAUCGGCGUCCCGGGACGAAGAGGCCCUCCUCUGCUCUGUCAAAGAUCAGCGGUGGAAAGGCCUGGCUUUUAAAGACUCUGGCGAAGGAAAAGGCCUAGGAGUCAUCGCCACCAUGCCAUUUCAGCACCUCCAAGUCCUGUGCAAUUACCACGGUGAAGUCAUCUCGGCAGCGGAGGGGAACCGACGGCAGCAGUCUGGGUACCUCUUCUUUUUCAGGGCAGAGGGAGGUGCCAGACUCUGCAUUGAUGCCACAGCAUCCCCCUGCGCCUGUCACCCGGACAUGGACACUUUUGGCAGGCGGCUCAAGCAUUCUCAGAGCAACCCCAACGCUCGAGCUAAGAAAGUCACGCUACGCUAUCCAGACGGCCCAAAGGAAGCCGUAAUCUUCGUGGCUUUGAGAGACAUUAGUGUCGGCGAAGAGCUGCUGUGGGACUACGGGGUCUCGAGACAAAGUUUUGGUGGGGAGGGCAAAGACUUGGCAUCGCUCGA